CUUCCUCCUCCUCUUCCUUACCCUUUUCGUGACUUAGGCUCUGGGAGAAGGUUCUGGCGACCGAAGGAGCCCUCCGUCCUCACCCCUUUUCCUAGAAGGCUGGUGAUGGAUCUCCUGCUUCUGCCCCUGCCGGGGCACUUGGAGCGUGCUGGUGGCUCGUGAGCCGGGAACUGCCCUCCACCGGCCUCGGCGAGCCUUGGCCCGACCCCAUCUGGCAGCCUCGCCUGAGCCCCCUUGCUUUCUGCGCCCCAAAGCGCUAGCAGUUCCGAGAGCUGGAAGAGGGUGGCCCUCAGGCACAGCCCCGCCGAGAUGUCCGCGCAGAGCCUACUCCACAGCGUCUUCUCCUGCUCCUCGCCGGCCUCGGGCAGCGCGGCCUCGGCCAAGGGCUUCUCCAAGAGGAAGCUUCGCCAGACCCGCAGCCUGGACCCGGCUCUGAUCGGCGGCUGCGCGGGGGAGGCGGGCUCAGAGGGCGGCUCGCGGGGGGCCACCGGGGGCCGCGUCUGCUCCCCGCUGUCCGUGGCCGAGGGUCUCGGCUCUCGCUUGGCGUCCUCUCCGCGGGGCCCGCCUCCCCGGGUCAACCGACUCCCGUCCCCUAGACCCCUCUGCUCGCCCUUCUCCACGCCCAGCACCCCGCUGGAGAAGUCACCUUCUGGCAGCUUCCACUUUGACUAUGAGGUCCCCCUUGGUCGCAGCGGCCUCAAGAAGAGCAUGGUAUGGGACCUGCCUUCAGUCCUAGCCGGGCCGGGCAGCGGCCGCAGCACCAUCCUCUGCUCCUCCGGGGGAGGCCCCAACGGCAUCUUCGCUUCUCCCAGGAGGUGGCUCCAGCAAAGAAAGUUCCAGUCCCCACCCGACAGCCACGGCCAACCCUAUGUCGUGUGGAAGUCCGAGGGUGACUUCACGUGGAACAGUAUGUCGGGUCGCAGCGUACGGCUGAGGUCAGUCUCCAUCCAGAGCCUCUCAGAGCUGGAGCGAGCCCGGCUGCAGGAAGUGGCUUUUUAUCAGCUGCAGCAGGACUGUGACCUGAGCUGUCAGAUCACCAUUCCCAAAGAUGGACAAAAGCGAAAGAAAUCUUUGAGAAAGAAACUGGAUUCACUAGGGAAGGAGAAAAACAAAGAUAGAGAGUUCAUCCCACAGGCUUUUGGAAUGCCCUUAUCCCAAGUCAUUGCAAACGACCGGGCCUAUAAACUCAAGCAGGACUCGCAGAGGGGCGAGCAGAAGGAUGCCUCCGAUUUUGUGGCUUCCCUCCUCCCAUUUGGAAAUAAAAGACAAAACAAAGAACUCUCAAGCAGUAACUCAUCUCUCAGCUCCACCUCGGAAACACCAAAUGAGUCAACGUCCCCCAGUACCCCGGAGCCGGCUCCUCGGGCCAGGAGGAGGGGUGCAAUGUCAGUGGAUUCCAUCACCGAUCUUGACGACAAUCAGUCUCGACUGCUAGAAGCGUUACAACUCUCCUUGCCUGCCGAAGCUCAAAGUAAAAAAGAAAAAGCCCGAGAUAAGAAACUCAGUCUGAAUCCCAUUUACAGACAGGUCCCCAGGCUGGUGGACAGCUGCUGUCAACAUCUAGAAAAACAUGGCCUCCAGACAGUGGGGAUAUUCCGAGUUGGAAGCUCAAAAAAGAGAGUGAGACAAUUACGUGAGGAAUUUGACCGUGGGGUUGACGUGUCCCUGGAGGAAGAGCACAGCGUUCAUGACGUGGCUGCCUUGUUGAAGGAGUUCCUGAGGGACAUGCCGGACCCCCUUCUCACCAGGGAGCUGUACACAGCUUUCAUCAAUACUCUCUUGUUGGAGCCUGAGGAACAGCUGGGCACCUUGCAGCUCCUCAUCUACCUUCUACCUCCCUGCAACUGCGACACGCUCCACCGGCUGCUGCAGUUCCUCUCCAUCGUGGCCAGGCACGCCGAGGACAACGUCAGCAAAGACGGGCAAGAGGUCACUGGGAACAAAAUGACAUCUCUAAACUUGGCCACCAUAUUUGGACCCAACCUGCUGCACAAGCAGAAGUCGUCAGACAAGGAAUUCUCGGUCCAGAGUUCAGCCCGGGCUGAAGAGAGCACAGCCAUCAUUGCCGUGGUGCAGAAAAUGAUUGAAAAUUAUGAAACCCUGUUCAUGGUUCCCCCGGAUCUCCAGAAUGAAGUGCUGAUGAGCCUGUUAGAGACCGAUCCCGAUGUUGUGGACUAUUUACUCAGAAGAAAGGCCUCCCAAUCUUCAAGCCCUGACAUGCUGAGGUCGGAAGUUUCCUUUUCCGUGGGAGGAAGGCAUUCGUCCACAGAUUCCAACAAGGCCUCCAGCGGAGACCUCUCCCCUUAUGACAACAACUCCCCAGUGCUGUCCGAGCGCUCCCUGCUGGCUAUGCAAGAGGACGUGGCCCCGGGGGGCUCAGAGAAGCUUUACAAAGGGCCAGAGCAGUAUGUGCGGGUGGGCCACUUGCCGUCUUCGAAGUCGAGGGAGAGUUCUCCUGGACCAAGGCUUGGGAAAGAUAUGGCAGAGGAGGCUUUCAAUAUCUGGGGAACUUGGCAUUCAACAUUAAAAAGUGGAUCCAAAGACCCAGGAAUGACAGGUUCCCACGGAGACAUUUUUGAAAGCAGCUCCCUCCGACCGGGGCCGUGUUCUCUUUCGCAAGGGAACCUGUCCCCAAAUUGGCCCCGGUGGCAGGGGAGCCCCAUGGAACUGGACAGCAGUGCGCAGGUCAUUGGCAGGACUCAGACCACGAGCACCAUCGCCGAGCGCAGGGAGCACGCCCCCGUGGCCCGCGUCUGCAGCACGCCCCCCAUCAAGGGCGGCGGGGGCGGGAGGCGCGCGCCAAGGCCAAGGCCGGAGCCGUGCUGGACCGAAGCCCUCGCGGAGCGCGAGCCGGAGGCGGCCUGGCUGCAGAGGAGAGCCAAGCCUCUGCACCAGAGACCUGCAGAGGGUGCCAGGCGCGACAAGAGGCCUCCUCCUCCGUAUCCUGGUCCAGGGAAGCAGGCCCUAGCAUCGGCCCGGCAGCCCGCGGAGCCGCCGCUGUGGAGGCCUCAGAGGCCAGAAGGAGGCUCCGGAACAGCUUUGGAAGAGGGAAUCCAGAGAGCCGAGCGAGAGCAUCAGGCCGCCCAGCAGAAAGCGAGCAGCGCCUACCCCAGUCCCGCCAGCGAUAGGAACAGUAAGACCUUGGGGGAGCCCAGCUGGCUCGACUGGCAGAGGGAGCGGUGGCAGAUCUGGGAGCUCUUAUCCACCGACAACCCCGAUGCCCUCCCGGAAACGCUGGUAUGAGAUGAGUCCUCCACGCUCAGCCCUCACGUCCCAAACAGCCUUCUUCCACUCAGUAGGGGAAAAAGUGGGUGUUGGACAAUUGGGCACUUACUUGUUUUUCUUCUUUUACACUUAAAAAAAAAAAAAAAAACACGAGAAAAGUCAGUUCACUUAAAGAUAUAGAGCACUAGGACCCUGGCCAUUUAUAAUAAGAUUCUAUUGCAUAGCCAGCCUUCAGAAAAAACAAAACCAGAAAUGGAUGCUAAUAUCCAAUCUAAAAGCUAUUCACAUUGGCUCUGUAUAAGAUAAAACUCUUGCUUUGGUACAGCUUAAUUGUAUUCAUGUGUCUUCAGUUUUGACUGUUGUAUAUUCUGUAACAGAUUAUGUAUGAUAAUCCUAUAUGUUAUAUUCACAGAAAACAGAAGGAACACAUUUUUAAAUCACUUAAUCUAAGUAAUGAGAUUCUAUAGAGUGUUCUAGAAUACGCACAAGCAGGUUUCUGUGCUUCGGCCAUUGCUUUUUAACUGGGGACAGCCCUUCCUUCAAUGCCUAAGGAAAACACUAACAAAACAAAAUAAAACAGAAUAUGAGAAGCCAUAUUUUUUCUAUAGUAGUGAGAUACAAAAAAAUAUAGUCACUGAAUGCUUUUUCAUAUUGAAUAUGUUUUAAGGAAAAUA